AUGGAGUUGGUUCAGAUGCAGAAGAAUUUGCAAGAUUACACUAAAUCACUCUUCUUGGAAGGGAUUUUGGACAGCCAGUUCUUGCAGCUGCAACAACUACAAGAUGAAAGCAAUCCUGAUUUUGUUUCACAAGUUGUGUCUCUCUUUUUCCAAGACUCUGAUAGGAUUCUCAACGAUCUCUCACUUUCCCUAGAUCAACAAGUUGUAGACUUCAAAAAAGUUGAUCCUCAUGUUCAUCAACUCAAAGGAAGCAGCUCAAGUAUAGGAGCACAGAGAGUCAAGAAUGCUUGCGUUGUCUUUCGCAGCUUCUGCGAGCAACAAAAUGUCGAAGGAUGUCAUAGAUGUUUGCAACAAGUGAAGCAAGAGUACUAUCUAGUCAAGAACCGAUUAGAGACUCUGUUCAAGUUGGAGCAACAGAUUGUAGCCUCUGGUGGGAUGAUCCCGGCCAUGGAACUCGGAUUUUGA